AUGACCGCCGCCCGGCCCGGGCCCGCGGCGGCAGAGGUCCCGCUGCGGCGCGCGGCGGAGUUCCCGGCCGGGCCCGGUGCGUCGACGCACAAGGUUCGCGCCGCUGCCGCUUCCGCUUCCGGCCGAGGCCGCGGGAAGAUGGCGGCGGCCGUAACCGCGCGGGCCGUGCGGGUCGGCCUCGGGCGGCUGGCGUCCGCCUGCAGCCGCAGCGUCCUGAGCGCGUCGGGGCCCGGAGCGGGCCCGGUGUUACCGGAGGGGGGCAAACUGAGGCUCGGUUCACAGAGCUUAGCUUCCCUGGGGUCGGCUUCCCGAAGGUUCGGUUCACAGAGCACUUCAGUUCCACAAGGGUACGUUCCUGAAACGUCGCUGAGUUCACCGCCUUGGCCAGAGGUUGUUCUGCCAGACCCAGCUGAGGAGACCAGACAGCACGCAGAGGUUGUGGGGAAGGUGAACGAGCUGAUCGCCACCGGCCAGUACGGCAGGCUCUUCGCCGUGGUGCACUUUGCCAGCCACCAGUGGAAGGUGACCUCCGAGGACCUGAUUUUAAUUGACAAUGAAUUAGACGUCGCGUGUGGGGAGAGGAUCCGGCUGGAGAAGGUGCUGUUGGUGGGAGCCGACAACUUCACGUUACUUGGCAAGCCGCUCCUCGGAAAGGAUCUCGUUCGGGUAGAAGCCACAGUCAUUGAAAAGACAGAAUCAUGGCCAAAAAUCAAUAUGAAAUUUCAGAGAAGGAAAAACUACAGGAAGAAGAAAGUUAUCGUGAACCCACAGACUGUCCUCCGGGUGAACACCAUUGAGAUCGCUCCGUGUUUGUGUUGAUCGCGAAGCUACUAUUUACAGAGUAUGAAAAUAAACUCCCGUUUUCCGGA